CUCACCCACAAAACCUACAUCUCUACAUAGGUGCACUCAUGGUUAGUUAUGGGAAAGGAGUUUUGAAGGGAGAAACACAGGGUACAAAUUUGCUUCCAGUGAAAGACACAAGGACGAGUCUUACUCCCUGACAUAAUACAACGGACUUCACAUCUACAACUUCCUUCUUAAGUGUAAUGGAGAAACAUAAUGAUGCAAAUAAGAGAUUCUCCAAGCUGGCCCAGCAGGAGAUGGGUUUAGUCCAACGUGUCCUUGUGCCCAGCACCAACGUUAGGGGACAGUGGUCUAGCAAACUGGAGUUCCUCCUGGCUGUGGCUGGACAGAUCAUUGGCCUAGGGAAUAUAUGGAGGUUCCCAUAUCUGUGCUACAAAAAUGGGGGAGGGGUGUUCUUCAUCCCUUAUGUGCUCUUCCUGUUCACCUGUGGCAUUCCCAUCUUUCUCCUGGAGACUUCCAUGGGCCAGUACACCACGCAAGGCAGCAUCACCUGUUGGAGGAACAUAUGCCCUCUGUUUGAAGGUCUGGGUUAUGGGAGUCAGGUGGUGGUCCUAUAUUCCAGCAUCUAUUACAUCAUCAUCCUUGCCUGGGCUUUCUUCUACCUCUUCUCUUCAUUUAGCUCGGAGCUCCCCUGGGCCAGUUGUAGAAACAGCUGGAACACAGCUACCUGCCUGGAGUUUGACAGGACAGUAGGAGGAAAUCUGAACAGGACUGUAGUAGGAAAUAUAACAUCACCAGAGAAAGAGUUCUGGGAGAGAAGAGUUUUGAAUCUCACAGACAGUGUCUCCAACCUUGGUAAUGUUCGCUGGGAGCUAGCGCUAUGUCUUCUUCUGUCCUGGAUUAUCUGUUACUUCUGUGUCUGGAAAGGAGUCAAGUCUACUGGGAAGGUGGUUUACUUCACUGCCACCUUCCCUUAUGUGAUGCUGGGGGUGUUGCUUGUUCGCGGACUCACACUGCCGGGGGCCAUAGAUGGCAUUAAAUUCUACCUCUAUCCAGAUCCAGCCCGCCUCGCGGACCCACAGGUGUGGAUGGACGCCGGGACACAAAUAUUCUACUCCUAUGCUAUUUGCAUUGGCUGUCUAAUCGCUCUUGGCAGCUACAACAAGUAUGACAACAACUGUUACAAGGACUGUAUGUACCUCUGCUUACUGAACAGUGGAACCAGCUUCAUUGCUGGUUUCGCUAUCUUCUCUGUACUUGGGUUCAUGGCCUAUGAACAAGGGACAGAUAUCUCAACAGUUGCCGAUUCGGGUCCGGGCCUGGCAUUCAUCGCCUACCCUCGUGCUGUGGCCAUGAUGCCAGUACCCCAGUUCUGGGCCAUCUGCUUCUUCAUUAUGAUCAUCCUACUGGGACUAGACAGUGAGUUUGUAGGUCUGGAGGCUCUGAUGACAGCCAUCUCAGACAUGUAUCCCUCCUUCUUCCUGGUAGGCCAUAGACGUAAACUCCUCCUCCUCCUCAUCAGUGUGGGUUGCUUCUUCAUUGGCCUUGUCAUGGUCACAGAGGGAGGCCUGUAUAUAUUCCAGUUAUUUGACUACUAUACCUGCAGUGGAAUGACUCUCCUUCUCUUUGCUACACUACAGUCAGUGUGUAUCAGUUGGGUUUAUGGUGCUGACCGUAUGUAUGAAAAUAUAGAAGACAUGAUCGGCUAUCAACCAUUACCCCUAAUUAAGUACUGUUUGAAGUAUGUCACUCCAGUCAUCUGCACGGCUACAUUUAUCUUCUCGUUGGUUAAGUUCACCCCUCUGAAGUUCAACAACAAAGUUGAGUAUCCAUGGUGGUGUUAUGUCAUUGGCUGGUGGUUUACUCUCUCCUCCACACUCAUGGUGCCUCUGUGGAUGAUCUACAUUGUGAGCGUCACCCCUGGCACGCUACGACAGAGACUGUCCAUCCUCACCACCCCAUCAGAUAAACUUCCCAUGAGCAAGGCCCAGAAGAAGGAACUCCAGGCCAGGCAGUCAGAUCAAGACAAGUCCAUGGAGGAAAUGGAGAUGCCAACCUCGGACAACAAACACAGAGAUACUGGCCCUCUGUAAAGUCUCUCUCAACCACCAUCGCUACAGGCCUGGAGACAGCCAAUCAUUCACUCUCCUAAAGUUCCUGAGCUGAACAAUCCAGUGAAGAGGUCUUUUUUGAUCCCGGUACUGAUAUCCAAGCCAACAUGUGCCUUUGAAUCUCCCUUCUGAAUAGACAGAAUCCACAUUUUUUUUGUGGCAAAAUCAAAACCAGACUAGACUGGAACCAGUCCAAAAGGAGUCCAAACGUGGAUGUAAGUCAGUAUGAACAUGUAUCAGACCCAUGUUUAUCUGAAAUACUGAACAUGAAUGUAUAAGUGCCAUGUAAGCCUGGCUAAUUAUUAAAAAAUUCACAUGCAUUUUCUGUUGUAGCCAGGACUUGCUCAGGGUCGUAGUAAAUUCAUAAAGGCAUCCCUUUUUUCAAAUGUUGAAGGAAGAAGGAACUUUGUAGUGAUAUGAAAUCUGUGAAGGUGCAGUGUUGUUUGGCAUCUCAAUUCAGUGGGACAUUCUAAUCUCACACCAAUGAGCCUGUGUGCUUCCUCAGAGGAGCAGACAUAGAGGGUGGAGGUAGCUCCCCACACUUGGACAAAACAACAAACAAGUCAAAUGGCAUUCAUGGAUUAAUUGGGUUGUGGUUUGGUCUUCUAAUUUGUGUCUCAUAAAGGGAUGAGCACUCUAAGGGUUUGUUAAUGUUCAUGUUAAGUAUCGUUGUCACGUUGUAGUGCCCUCUGCACCGUUCAGUAUUGUUAUCAUCCUCACCUGUGUUCCUGCUCACUGCCCCUAUUUCAUUUCCUUCUUUCCUCGUGUGUGUUGUUGGUCAUUGCGUUUGGAUUUCGUUUCCGGCUGUAACAUUUCUCCUAGUUUAAUAUUUAGUCCCGUUCUCCCUGAACCUGGUUCCUACUGUCGCCUUCAGACAAGACAGAAUGACCCACCACCAACAAACGACACAGAGGUUGAACGGAGAACUUUGGAGAGUGGGCAGGCGACUGGUCAAUAGCUCCCCCCAAUAUUUCGGGGGGGAGCCGGGGGUGCAGAAACCAGCGGGAGGGUUAGACUGUCACAGGGGAGUGCCAGCGGCUUUUGGAUGCAACUGCUUUCCUGCUCUGGCGUGGGAUCCCUGUGAAGGCGAAUCCGAGAAUAAGACAGGCUCUGCCCCAGCAGUUAUUCUAAACACAAGAGUUUCCAGCGGGAAAUGGGCCCUAUGAGGUUCCCAGGAGUUCAGUCACCUUAAAGAUGCACUAGGUAGGAUUUUCAGUAAAAAAACAAUUACAGCAUUUUGCAAUUACUUGCCAGUAAGAAAGCACUUCCACACCAAUGCCCGAUGGAGAAUGAAGUUUGUGUCUACAUUAUAAUAAUAUGAAAAAUAGAAUUUGGAUUUGUCGUCCUGGACUCUAGCUGCCAUCAUAGUUUCUUACAGUGAGCAAACUUCACUCCCUAUGGUGUACUUCUGCUAUAAAUAUCUUCCAGACCAAAUGUGCUGUCUAAAAAUAAGCCAAGGAUAAGGGCUCGCCUCAUAAAAGGUGAUUGGCAGGAAGGCCCACUUCACCGUAGAUGACUGGCUGGAACAGGAUUGGCUGGAAAGUAGUGGAAUGCUCCAAAAAUUACUAAUUGACAUUAAAGGGCCUAAUUAGCUUACAGGACAAAACAUUUGUUUUCUACUGAAAUCCUACAUAGUGCAGCUUUAAUAGGGUCCCUCUCCCAGCCACCCAGGUCCUGUCCUGAACCACUGGUCAUUCAUCAGUUCCGGGGGCAGCGUCUCCGUCAGCCCUUCCUGUGUCGUCUUUGGGGGCUGGCUUUUCUUGUUUCUACAGGGUUCCAGGUUCGGCGGCAGGCAGAUUUGGUUUAAUUAGACUUUUUUGACCGUUGAGGAGGAUACUGAAAAUUGCUGUUAUGCACAGCAAUACAUUUCCUUGUGUUUGAAAGAAAAGCCAAUUUUUUUCUCAGAUAAAAUAACAUAACAUUGAUGAGAAAUACUGGGUAGACAUUGUUAAUGUUGUAAAGGACUGUUGUGGCUGAAAACGGUUGAUGUUCCGUUCUGCAUGUUUUAGUUCUAUUUAAACUGAGGACAAAAACUUUAGAGUUUCUCGUUUGAGAAACAGAUGCCUCACAGGUUUUAAUUAGCAGCUCCAGUAAACCAGUCUCAACGUGAAGAGUGAAGAGGUGACUCCAGGAUGCUGGCCUUCUAGGCAGAGUUCUUCCUCUGUCUGUCACGUCCUGGCACACUAGGCUUGUGAUGCCAUUGAGUCCAACACCCUCUCUCCCUCACCUCAUCACUGUUUUCAUUGAUUAUUGCCCGCAUCUGUUUUACUUCAUCAUGGACCCUAUUGAAGUUCCUGAGUCCCCAAUGUAUCCUGUCGGUCUGUGUUUGGUUAUUAGGGUUGCCACCUUCAAUGUGGAAAAAUAAGGGACACCUUGCCAGCAGCCCCAAGCCCAGGGGAGUCCUCCCCAAUGAGAUUUUGAAUGUCAGACAUUUAAUUUUCUGCAUCCUGGUGAAUUUUUAUGCAACAAUUUUUGCUUUUUAUGCAUACAUUUCAAAGUUCUCUGCUACUCUCAACAUGAAUGUUAUGGAAAUAGAGUCAAUAGGAGUAAAGAACAGUUACAUUAAUUAUAUUAAGGUUUAAAACAUCAGAUCAUAGACAUGGGCAAGAAGUUUGGUCUUUCAAUAUAAAGUAUUUGGUAUAUUUGGAAGAAGCAAGAACCACUCCCCAGGAAGGGUGGGGUAGUCGAGGUUUUUCUGUAGCUGCUCCCAUGCUCUGGAAUAGUCUCCCAUCCCACAUUAAGUCCCGUUCCACCACUGACAAUUUUAAAUCAAAUUUAAAGACCCACCAUUUUUCCCUUGCUUUUAGUUCAGUCUGAGGUUGUUCUUUGAUUUUUGUCAAGUCCACUCUUCACUUACUUUUAAUGUUAUCUUAUUGUGUUUUAAUCUGUUUUUGGUUUUAUUCCAUUUCUGUUAACUUCUUAUUGUUUUAGUUUGAUUUGAUUUAAUCAUUUUAGUUGUCUGAAGUGUUCUCCCUUUUAGUCUUGCCCUCUGUAUUAUAUGUACUAUUGUAUUAUAUUUUGUUUUGUUGCCUUUUAUGUACAAGUCCUUUAAUCACGUCUACAGACCCGGCAGCAAAGGGCGCCCAAAAAAGGGUUUGGGUUGGAUGCUUCCCACUACUGUAUUUCACUAAUCACUGUUGGGAAUGUAGGCUAGCUCUUUUGCCUUCAUCUGCAAAUGCAAUCAAAGAUGUGCUUUAAGUGAUGUGAUCACUAAGCUACAAAGAAUGUGUAACUACUGUACAUGUAGUCACUAAAAACUUUUGAAUUUGAUUGACAA